CGGGAUGACGACGGACACUUCCGGGAGCGAGGCGUGCGCACUUGUGGUGCUGCUGUGUCCUGCGGAAAGCUGAGCUGGACAGGAAAGUGAAGCAGACAUAAGAAGCAAGUACAAAUUAUUUGCAUAUCCUGCACUUUAUAAAGAUGAAGAAGAAAAACAGAGAACAUAGCGAGAGCCUUGAAAGCAACAAAAAGAAAUGUAUGCAGAGUGUGGAAGUUUGCCCUCAUUCUCCUUUGCUCUUUGAAGAUCAAUCUUCCCAGGACAUUUAUGUUCAUAAAAAGAAAUUGAAAAAAAAGAAAACCAAGCAAGAGAAACAAGACUCUUGGUUAGAUAAUUCUUGUACUGGUGGGAAGUGUGAAGUUAAUAACGAAACUGUAACAGAUGCUUCCAAAAAGAAAAUGAAAAAAAAGAAACGGAAACACAGUGAUAGUGAGCAGGAGCAAAAUAAUGUACUCUGUAUCCAUGUGAACCAAGAGAUGGACACAACUUUGGAGAGAGUUGAUUAUAUUUAUGUAAAUGCAUCUGCUAAGAAGAAAAAAAGAAAAAAGAAUUUGUCAGAAGAGCAGGAUGAGGUAAACAAACUGCCUGGCUUGUAUGCAUUUGGAAAUGAUUGCAGAAGCCAAAAAAAGAAGAAAAGAAAACAGUCCAGCCCCUGUGAGACACAAGAAGCCAGUGAUGAAACCUUUGCAUCAUCGUUUUUGUCAUAUUCAGGACAAAAUUCUACGUCCUCUCAAGAAAGGAAUGAUGAGGUUAUGAUGUCAGGGUCAUCUUCUAAAAUGAGCAUUCCCGUAGUGCCCAAAAAACGCCACAAAACCCAUAAAGGUGGAAAAUCCUCCAAAGAAGACAAGACUGAUAUGAGAAAGAUUUCUUCAGUAUUUGAUGAAAAUCCUCUGGAUGUGACUGCUGACAUUUCUAUGAUUACUUCAGAGGGUAAUAAUGGCUGUUCUGAAGAAGCCAUGGUACCAGUUAGAAAUAUUGAUUUCCCUUUCCAAUCACACUCUGAACAAGCAACCUCAGAAGCUAAGAGAACGUUACCAGAGUCUGUGGCAUCUGAAACUGAGGAAGACCAGGAUGUUGGAUUUACAGAAUCUGAAAACUCUAUGAUGUUGAAUAAUGAAGAGUUCCUUGAAAGUUCCAUGUGUUCAGCAAUGGAUUUGGAGACUGUCAAAAGGAAAUUGGAGGAGUUCAUUCCUCAAGUGUGGACAUUGUCAGAAACAUCAAUCCUAAAGAUGGCUGGGAGAGACCUGAUCAGGUUUAAAAAGUUUAAAGAACAAGGUAUGCCUAUCAAGUUUGGCAGGUUUUCUCAGAAGGAAAAUACUCAAAUACAGAAGAAUGUUGAAGACUUUUUAUCGCUUACAGAAAUAGAGAAUGCAGAGAAACUCUUAUUUACCUACCGGUACCCAGAAGAGCAACAAGCCAUCACCAAAUUGAAAACAAAAUAUGCUUUUGGUAUGAAGAUUGCUGAGGGGAUUCCACGGCCCUGGAAACAGGUAUAUUUUCGGGCAAGAAAGAUGUUUGACCCAAACAACUAUAAAGGGAGGUAUUCUGAGGACGAAAAAGAAAAAUUAAAGAAGUUUUAUGCUAUACAUGGCAACAACUGGAAGAAAAUUUCUGAGAUGAUGUCUCGCAGUACCCACUCAGUUGCUAUGAAGUAUUCUCAGAUUAAGUCCCAGGUUAAUUCUGGUCCUUGGAGUAAGGAGGAGACACAGAAGCUAGUUCAAGCAGUGAAGGAGACCAUUCAGAAGAGGGCUGAUUUGGAAGACAUACAAUUCUUGCUACAGGCAGAGAACUCAGGUGGAACUCUCUCAGUUGAACGUGAACAACUGUACAAGAACAUAUCUUGGACUGAGAUAGAAGCUAAAGUGGGAACCAGAUAUUGGAGACAGUGUAAACAGAAAUGGAUUUCAAUUGUAACAAAGAAAAUGUCCAAUGGGCAGAAUGUAUAUGGUGGGACUAAAGGUUUACAGGCCAAAAUCAAUCUUAUUAAAAGAUUGUAUGAAAUGAAGGUGGAAGACGCUAAUGAAGUGAACUGGGAAGAGCUCUGUGAGAUAAUUGGAGAUGUCCCUGAAGCCUAUGUUCAAGCCAAAUUUUACAAGUUAAAAGCUACCAGCGUCCCUUCUUGGCAAACAAAGACUUUUCCCGAAAUAAUCGAUUACCUUUAUGAUGAGACACUUCCAUUGCUUGAGAAAAGAUUAGAAAAAAGGCAGAAGAGGCCUCAGAGUUGUGACAUUUCGCCUUCCAGCUGCGAGAGAAAGGUUUUCCAGUUCAGCGAUAUCUUUGACUACAGUGAAGAUGAUGCUGAUGACAAUGACUGAUUAUCCUCUAAAAUGCUCCCUCUUUGCACACCCCCAAUAUGAAAAAUGGAUUUUGAUUAAACUGGGUUAAAUCAGAAACUGAAUGUAUAUGGCCAUGAAAUAAUGGGAAGAAUGAAGACACGCAAGUCUGCUUCUAUUGUUUUGUAUUGAAGAGAGAAGUAAAUACAGAUUAUUUUUUGCAGUAUCUUUGUUAUUAGAGACUUUUAACCUUAUCUUCAGAUUGUUUGAGGAAGCUAAAGGUCACUUUGUAUUGGACUUGUGGAAACACUGAAAAACAAUAUUUUUUCUUAAUAUUUCAUUCAUUACAAAUUUGCUUAAAGUCCUGGGUAAGCCUGUCUGAAUGAACUUAGGUUUUCAGCAUUCUAAUGUCAAGUUAGGAUCUUCUUUUUAAAAAAAAU